GCCAGCUAUGUGACUCUCAUCGCCAUAUCUCUCUGUUGCUUCGCUUUCUGCUUUCUGCUUUCUGCUCUCUACUCUCUACACUACACUCACUGAUUCUCUUUCAACCCUUCGCUCGUCGUAUCCAUCUAUUCUUUUAUUUCCUUCUUCUAUUGUUAUUAUUAUUAUUAUUUUUUAUUUCAAAGAUAAUCUUGUCUUUGUUGCAACUUUAUUGAUGAGCUACCUAAUUCCGAUUUUGAGUUUUGUAUUAUUAUUAUUAUUUUGUUUGUUAUUUAAAUCGUGUUUGUUAGUGUUUUGUGUUCUGCUUUUGCCCAAGCUUUUUGUUUUCGACUCCUGUUUCGGCAUAUACGCAUCAUUUUUUGUCGUUUUGUGUGCGUGAUUCCGUGCCUAGUUGAUUUGAUUCACCCCCUCACGUUCCAUGAUUUUGCUGGCACCUAAUUGAAGUUUCUGAAAUUCUUCUUCUUCUCCUUUUUUGUUUUUUUUUGUUUUGUCGAUUAGUGUUGUUUCAUCUGUUCCCGAUUGCGACCGUGUUUUCUAUAAAGAAGCUUAUUUAUGAAUGUUUAAUUUCCGUGAAAUUCUCUUGCACGCCUUCAACUCUAAGUGUAGUGUUUUAUUGUUUACGAAUAAAUAGUGCACGCACGGUUCUUUACAUUGGACUUAGUAUUGAUCUAUGCUUUUCGGUAAUUAAUCGAAGUUGGUAAGAAGAGAGAAAGCAUCCUUUGGUGAUUUACAAUGAUUUCUCUACUUUUUUUGUUUGUUUUGUGGAUAAAAUAGCAAGUUCAGUGAAAUGGUUAUGCCUUGAGACUGCUUUCAUUACCUUACUGCUCCCUUUUUUCGUUUCAGAAUCAGAUGAAGUGCCAGUAGUUGGUAAUUGAACGGUUUUAGCAUUUUCAUCCCUGACCGUGUACUUUGAUGCAAUGAGAUUCCUUAGACAAGCUCAACAGCAUUGUUGAUCAUUAAAUACCUCGUAUCACAAUAUAAGAGAUGGAAAUUGCUCAUAUACAAAUUGAAUAUCAUGGACAUUGUGUCAGUGGUUGAUGCCUGUAGAAAUGGACUUCAUAUUUGUGCUAUUGUUAUUGGGUUGCUUAUGUUCUUUUGUGUUGCCUGAUUCGCAAGGAGAUGCACUAUUUGCAUUGAAGCUAUCAUUGAAUGCUUCAGCUCAGCAGCUUACUGACUGGAACCAAAAUCAAGUGAAUCCUUGUACUUGGUCACGUGUUAGCUGUGACCUGAACUCCUCCUAUGUUAUUCAAGUUUCACUAGCAUUUAUGGGAUUCGCGGGAUUCUUGACUCCAAGAAUUGGAGUUCUAAAAUAUCUUCAAACUCUUUCUUUGCAAGGGAAUGGCAUCACUGGUGACAUACCAAAAGAAUUCGGAAACCUGACAAGCUUGGUCAGGUUGGAUUUGGAAAACAACAGAUUAACUGGUGAAAUACCAUCGUCCCUUGGUAAUCUUACAAAGCUUCAAUUCUUGACACUGAGUCAAAACAAUCUCAGUGGGACUAUUCCUGAAUCACUUUCCAGUCUCCCUAGCUUGAUCAAUGUUUUGCUAGAUUCAAAUAAUCUUAGUGGUCAAAUUCCGGAACGGUUAUUUGAAGUUCCUAAAUACAAUUUCACUGGAAAUAAGUUGAAUUGUGGUGUGAAUUAUCAUCACCCUUGCGCAACUGAUAAUGCAGAUCAAGGUUCAUCACAUAAACCAAAAAUUGGCCUCGUAGUUGGAAUUAUUAUAGGGUUAGUCAUUAUCCUUUUCCUUGGUGGUCUGCUAUUCUUUUGGUGCAAGGGUAGACACAAAGGCUACAAGCGUGAAGUUUUUGUAGAUGUUGCAGGUGAAGUUGACCGCCGAAUUGCAUUUGGUCAACUAAAAAGAUUUGCAUGGAGAGAACUACAGAUAGCUACAGACAGCUUCAGUGAGAAAAAUGUUCUAGGACAGGGAGGCUUUGGAAAGGUUUAUAAAGGUGUUCUUACUGAUAACACAAAAGUUGCUGUCAAAAGGUUAACUGAUUAUGAAAGUCCUGGGGGAGAUGCAGCUUUCCAGCGUGAAGUUGAGAUGAUAAGUGUAGCUGUCCAUAGGAACCUGUUACGGCUGAUUGGUUUUUGUACUACUCCAACCGAGCGUCUCUUAGUUUAUCCCUUCAUGCAGAACUUAAGCGUUGCCUAUCGUCUACGAGAACUCAAACCUGGGGAAUCUGUUUUGGAUUGGCCUACAAGAAAACGAGUGGCUCUGGGAACAGCCCGUGGCUUAGAAUAUCUUCACGAGCAUUGCAAUCCUAAAAUUAUUCAUCGGGAUGUGAAGGCAGCUAAUGUAUUACUAGAUGAAGAUUUUGAGGCAGUUGUUGGCGACUUUGGUUUGGCAAAGUUAGUUGAUGUUCGAAAGACUAAUGUGACAACUCAAGUUCGUGGGACAAUGGGCCACAUAGCUCCUGAAUAUUUGUCCACUGGAAAGUCUUCAGAAAGGACUGAUGUUUUUGGUUACGGGAUUAUGCUUUUGGAGCUUGUUACAGGUCAACGGGCAAUUGACUUUUCACGUUUGGAAGAGGAAGAUGAUGUGCUAUUGCUUGACCAUGUUAAGAAACUAGAACGGGAGAAAAAACUGGAUGCUAUUGUUGACCGCAACCUAAAUAAGAAUUACAACAUACAAGAGGUAGAAAUGAUGAUACAAGUUGCAUUGCUCUGCACGCAAGCAACGCCAGAGGACCGUCCACUGAUGUCCGAGGUUGUAAGAAUGCUGGAAGGAGAAGGGUUGGCUGAACGGUGGGAGGAAUGGCAGCAUGUGGAGGUCAAUCGGAGGCAAGAAUACGAGAGAUUACAAAGAAGAUUUGACUGGGGAGAAGAUUCGGUUUAUAAUCAAGAUGCCAUUGAAUUGUCUGGUGGGAGAUGAUAUCUAUAAAUUUGAACCAUUUAUGCUUCAUGUUGUACCUCAAUAUCCUCUUCUUUUGAUAGGUUAGCUUGAAUAGAGAUGUAAGUUUUAUUGUAUUCCAACCGUAUAAAAGAAAAAGGGUUAUUAUUUUGAUGAGAAGGUCCUGUGUACCUCAGCUACAGCACAAAAGUAGGCAACAUUAUUGUUCCAAAUUCAAUGUUUUUAGUGAUUUUAUUAUCUU